AUGCUAUCUGCCUUUUUUUUGGUCAAUGCCAAUGGAAAUGCACUCAUAACGCGCAUGAUAAGAGAUGAUCUAAGGCCAGAAAUUAUUGAUCAAUUCCGUGUCUACGUGAUUCAAAAUCCAGCCAUUCACACGCCUAUGCUAACGCUGGGAGGAAUCACAUUUUUAUGGAUCCGACAUAUGGACUUGUGCAUUGUUGCAGGCAUUAUGUCAAAUACCAAUCCUACCUUGGUUUUUGAAUUCCUAUUUCGUUUUGUGUCUGUGUGCAAUGCAAGCAUCGGGGAGCUGAAUGAAGAGGCAGUUAAGAAGCACUUUAUGCUGAUUUAUGAAAUGUUGGACGAGAUGAUGGAUUUUGGAUAUCCACUGAACACGGACAUACAAAGACUCGAGACGUAUAUUGUGAGUGAAAACAUACACGGUCUGGUGCCUGUGCGCCACAAUGUGCGUCGCGUAACGACAGAAUACCCGACAGAUGUGGCAUGGCGGCAGCGGGAUGUAAAGUAUCGAAAAAAUCGUUGUUUCGUCGAUGUUAUAGAGAAGCUGAAUCUAACCGUCAGCUCUCAGGGAAUGAUCGUGAAAGCGGAUGUGGAAGGUGUUAUCAGACUGCGCCCCUUCUUGUCAGGCAUGCCUCAUUGUCUUUUGAGUCUGAACUGCGCUGUCGGUCCGUCUGAGGGUCAUACGGCCCUGUUUGUGAAGGUGGACGAAUGCAAGUAUCAUCCGUGCGUAGGCUUCACGACGUCGAAUGGUGACUCGUGUCUUUCUUUUGUUCCUCCGGAUGAUGAGUUUGAGCUGAUGCGUUACACAGCAAAACGAAACGUGCGUUUGCCUGUCAGGAUUCAUGCUGUUAUAAAGAAGAAGAAUGAAAAUGUAUGGCAGUAUCAAUUGAAUUUGCGCACAUGUACCGAACAGCAAUUGCAUGUGACAGACGUGGUCAUUCGGAUUCCCACACCAAACAAUGCAGUGCAUGCCUCAUGUGAUGUACAGCUUGGAAAGGUCAAGUGGGAUGCAAAUGAGCAAGUGAUUCUAUGGCGGAUUCCCCGGGUACAGGGCAUGACUGAAUGGAUGCUUCGAGCGAAUGUGCACAUGACAUCAGAAGCGAUCACGCCACGGGAGCGACUUCCUCUUCAAGUGGAUUUUACGGUGCCGUCGUUGACAGCGUCGGGUAUCGCAGUGCGAUACCUACAGAUCACAGAACGCAGUAACUAUCGUGCUAUGAAAUGGGUUCGCUACGAGACACAUUCGCGGCAAUCCUAUUUGGUAUAUAUCUAA